CCUUAUUCCCAAACGAAAUCUCAGUCACCAUCAAUCAGACUAGCCCCCCACAUAAUCACAACGGAAAAUUGAGCAAUGGAAAACAUAACGUUGGAAAACGAAAAAAUAAGCGAAAACCCUGUCAAGGACUUUGUAAGCGUGUUCCUGUGGAUGUUCCGCUUGAAAGGAUAUGCCCGCGGAUUCCUGUGGAUGUUCAUUGGUAUUUUGGGCCUCGUGAAAGCUUUUUACAUUUUCGGUUACUUUUUGCACGGUCUGCCGCUCCGCUCGAUGGACCACAAGUGGGUGGAGAAGUGGACGCUGCACCAGGAGAUGGAAAAGAAGCGAGAAUUUCAGUUGGAGGAGCUGAUCGAGAAAAAUAAGAAACUAGAAAACUUGGUGCAGGAACUGAAGGAGUACAAUGCACUACAAGAGAAGAACAGCGAAGAGCCACAGCAAGAACCGACGAACUGUCUGAACAAUGUCUACAUAAAGAAUAAUCACUACCAUCUGACCAACCAGAUGUUUGUCAACGGCGAACACUUUGAUCUCAACACCGCGAACUCUGCGCCUCUGGCUCCAAACGUGGAGCCCAAUAUCUGGAUGAAGUACCUCAAGCAGCGCCAGUCCCUGAUGCCAUGCGAGUCCAUUGUCGAUGCCACAGCUAUGAUUGAAGAUACUCCUGGCCGUCAUGAGCCCACCAUUAUGGGCACCCAGGAGAUGGAGGAGUUGCAGGGCAUGCGCCCUUCUAUUAAUGCCUAGCUUUACGUUCAUUUCAUAAAUAUGUUCACGUUUUAGCAGCUUAAGAAAUAAACAAAAAAAAAGAAUACAUAAGAAGACACAAUAA